UGUCAAGCUGCUUAAAAAUUCUCGUGUCGCAUUUUCUGAGGAUUGAUGUCGGACCAGCAACUGAACGAUAAUGGGGCGCUGUUGUAGUUGUCUCUGAAUUUUUUUGUACAACACAACCAUGCCAGCGAAAACGUUAAAAAUGUGGUUACGGUAUGGAUUCACUCUGCUCAUGGUCCUCCAUGAAUCAUCUUUAGCUCCAACACUGCCAGACGACUGGAGAGACUACGUUGAUGUCGAAAUGGCGACGGCGGAUAACGACCAAUCACGAUACAGCAGCGAACUUUUUGAAGGCGACAUUCUGGGACUUGAUUUUGAUGAUAUUCAAGGACAGGCUGCCGCCAACGCGGUCGACGACAGCAAUUUGUUGUGGCCCAAUAAUACCGUUCCCUACGAAUUCACCACGCAACGCUCAGCGGCAUUCAGGGCAUCAGAAAAGAAGAUGAUUGAGGAAGCGAUGGCUAUCAUCAUGCAUCUCACCGGCAACUGCGUGAAUUUUGUCGCUCGCACCAACGAAACCGACUUCGUCAAAUUCCAAAAAAGCUUUCAAUGCUCUUCGAAUAUCGGCCGCAUUGGCCAGAAACAGCUGAUACAGCUGACGUCAGGUUGCAUCCUGCACUACGGUUGCAUCCAACACGAGCUGAUGCAUACGCUGGGUUUCUACCACGAGCAGUCACGCCUCGACCGGGACGAUUAUGUUUUUAUCAACUGGAACAACAUCGCAACAGAGGACAAAAUUCAGUUCGAGAAGCGCACAGGAGAGACGUAUGGUCUUCCCUACGAUUACCAGUCGAUUAUGCACUACGAAAUGAAAGCCUUCGCUAAAGACUCAAAUUUGCCAACUGUGAUACCAAAAGUGAAGGGAAUGAAAAUGGGUCAAAACGAAAAUCUCAGUCCGCUGGAUGUAGCCAGGAUUCACAGGCGCUUCAAGUGCAAUGUGCCCACCGGAAAACAGUUCGCGUACGCGCGUAAUGCUUGUCUAUCGUCCACUCCAACUUCCUCCCCGGCUUCAGGUAACGACAUCAUCGACAAGGAUGCGAAACAAACCGCGAUCGAACGACCUAAAUCGGACGUAAACUGCUCGGCAAGUUUGCAACGAAUGGAGCAGCCUCAGCAAUGUCCGCUUCAUUGUUCUUCCAUGAGAAACUCAGCUGCACGUACAGGCAACCACAACCUGGCGUCGGAACCAUUCCCGCAAUUCUCCAACUGGCCUAUGUCUCCUACGCAGUGCGCACUCCAGUUUACACCCAACUGCCACGCGCUAGACUACACAAAUCUUACGUGCACCAACGCCUUCACUCUGGAUAUCAACUGUAAUCUUCUCGAAACCUCCUUUGAUAUUCAGCGGAUGACUGCAGCAAUGUCUGUUCCCCCACUAAGGGCCAUAAGGUUGAUGCGGUCGGAUGGCACGCUGCUCGCAUUCUCUAACUAUGCUGCAAUCAGGAAGCAGAUUAUCAUAUUCAGUCUUGCCGACUGUAAAUCCAGUCGCGUUACUCUUAAGCUGUUGGAGUUGCAGUUUAUCAAUCUGCUGGCUUUUGGACUGAUUCGGUGUUAUGAUUUGGCAAUCGAAGCCGCCGAUUUCGGUCUUACUAACCGGCUGAGACAAAUUACCAUCGAGAGCUCAACAAUUAGUACGCUGGAGAAAUACACAUUUACUGAUCUUCCAGCUUUAAGAUUAAUUUCGCUGGAGUACCGGAUGAGUAGGAUGGAUGUAUUCAGCGAACGUAUUCGGGAAUACUUGAAGAAGCUGCAUUGUAGCGGAGACUUCCAAUGGUUUCGCGAAUGGUGGGAUGGUAAUGAAGAGAUGCUGCGGAAAAGCGACAGAGGUGGCGUUCUUUCAAUUGGUGGUUGGGAUAAUCUUCCUGCGAGCGAAGAAGAAGUGAAUCUGCCAAUCGACUGCGAUACGAAUAAAUUUCCUACCGGAUGGGCUACCACUGAGUAUACGCAAUUUACGAGUACAUCCACAGACACCAUCAUCGACUUUGAUGACCUACUCAAGGCCUAAAAUAGUGUCCUUUAAUGGACAAAGUGUCCAUCAUUGAAAAAACUUGUCCUUCACUGCUCCAAAAAAUGUCCGUGAUUGAAAAAUUCAAAUAAAUUGAAA